AUGCACCCCGAUUCUCAGCUGAAAGAUGCGGUCACGAAGGGCUUCGACCCCAAACUCUUGUACAAUCCUCACCUAGAUCAUGUCGGUGAGCCGGUUCGGACCAUCCUUGAGGAAUAUAGCAAUAUUCCAGCGGACAAGAUCUUGCAACACAUUACUGACCGUGAGCAGAGAGAUCGAGCAUUCGCCAUCUUCCCCUAUGCCUGCGUUGGCCAGUUUUCUUUUCUCCAGCUUAGCAUUGCAUCUUCACCCAUUUACCCUGAGAUCCUCCGCCGGGUCAAGGAAGGAGACAAGUUGUUGGACCUUGGGUGUGCAUUUGGGCAGGAACUUCGCCGGUUGAUCUACGACGGUGCACCAUGUACAAAUCUCUACGGAACCGACCUCCGUCCUGAAUUUCUAGAGCUUGGUUGUGACUUGUUCCUUGACCAUGACAAGAUGAGCGAGCAACUCAUCAGCGCCGACAUCUUGGACAAAAACUCCAAUCUGAUGGUGCAGCUGAAGGGGCGCCUUGACAUUGUGUAUAUAUCCUUGUUCCUCCAUGUGUUUGACUGGGACCAGCAGGUUGUAGUGGCGAAGCAAGUACUUGAGUUACUUGCUGCGAAGCCUGAUUCACUCAUCGUGUGUCGCAUUGUGGCAUGCCGGGACCAGACCCUGGUAAAUGCCACCCAGGCUCGCAUGCCAUACUACUACCACGAUUUGGAUAGCUGGAACCUCCUGUGGAAGAAGGUACAGAGUGAUACAGGCACCCAACUCGUUGUGAAGAAUUGGGAGCAGCCGGAUGAGUUGGCGGCAAAACAUCCCGUGGAUGGAAUAUAUAUCCUUGGGUCCUCUAUUAGAAGAACAUAA